GAUCUUCAGGCCGCUUCCUUAAGCUCGCUGGGCUGGCACGUUUUGAAGACUUAAUGUCAUGCUGGCUGUGCUGCACUCUAGCUCGUGAACUUCUUCAUGAAAAGCAGUAGGUUGUCAGGAAUCCGUAUAUCUUGCCAACAGCUGUGACCUGAAAUCCUGGCAAAUGAGCAUAAUUGCAGCUGUGCUUUCUGCAGCCGUAAUGGUGUAGUCUGACCUGAAGUAUCUCUCUUGCACACAUAAGGAAACGUUCUCCAUGUUCUCAGGCUAGUCCCAGGCACUUGGUUUGUAGUGCCCUGUGCAGGGAAUGGUGAGAGAGAGGCCUCCUUGUUGUUAUCUUUCUCGUGUAAGCUUUUGGGAUUAGUGAGAACUGGCAGCUGUUGGUAUCUUCCAAAUGCAACCGGUUUUAUCUGGUGUGCUGGUCAGAAAAAGCAGAUACGCAGCCAGUGAGGUACUAUGCAGGAGUUUUUUCCUGAAGCGCUGGCCUCAGUAGAACCGUGACUGAGGCUCUGAUAAUGAGGAAGAAAAUUAGGCUGAAAGGAGAACUUGGUUUGUUAGGGAAACUGUGGCUAAGCUUUCCACCUGGGUGAUCGUACCAGAUGAGAAUGGCCUGGAAGUUGCCAUCUGGCUGGCUUGCUGUGUUUGAGGAAGGCAGGAGGAGCUGACAGCCCUGGUGGUGGUUCAGUUGUGAAUGAAAAGUCUUUAGACUUAGGCAGUUGGCAAAAGUCUCCCAUGUUAUUUUUUUUUUUCCUUGUUGUCACUAUUUUAUUUGGCUUGUGUGUAAACGCAUAUGACAAAUUCCAGCCCUGAUGAGAGAAUGACUGUUUUGUAUGGACACUGGCCAUUGAUGUGGCUUUUGUCCUUGACAGCUGAUACUGGAGCCUACUCAGUGCCUUUUGUGCUGACUCUUCAGUCUUCUGUGGGUGUAUUUUAAAGUUAGGUUCCCAUGGGCAUUCCUGUUUGUUGGUUUGUGCAUGCUCUACUUACUGUGCGAAAAUACUGUGCCUUUUUACUCCGAAGAGAAUUGUCUUGUGCGUGGCAUGAGACACACGUGCCAUUGGUGGUGGACAUUUGUGCACGUGGAUUGAGAGGAUGUUUUGCACAGAGAUGAAGGGUUCUCUCUUCUUGGUUGGAUGAGGUAGUAUCAACCCGCAGAAAGGUUUUAAAUCCGUCUUCUUAGUUUUGGAACUUGUCAGGGGAGACAAGAAAGGAAGUUAAAUUUAUCAGCGCACCGAAAAAACCAGGAGGCACAACAGAUUUCCUAGGACCUCAGUAAAUCAGUUCUGUAUAGCAUGCCCCCAACUGACGUCGUAGCAGUAGCCACGCGAAUGUGCCAUUACUGUGUUACAAUUCCUUUUGUAUGUGCAGCUACACUUGUGCUUCCUUCUGGAGCUUUGUACUGUGUUCUUCUGGCUUCAUAGCAGCAGUAAUACAAACAAAAUGUUUUCCCAUUACUGACCUUCCUUUCCUUGCUGACUUGAGAGAAGCAAUAGCACUAAUAUGGUUUAUUUUAUGAUUCCAUACUGUCUAUCCUGAUUCUGCCAGUACUUCUCCUGGAGUCAAACCAAGGUGAAGCUUUCCAAAUCCCCAUUUUCCCUGCAGAUGGCAGGAGACCGUUGCUUGCUUUGUCCUUGGAUCACUAAGACCUGUCAGACAAUUCAGCAUUUUUUUUCCAGCCUAGCUACGAUGGCACCUUAUAUUGCUGAUUUUCAGAAUUCAUUUCCCAGAUUGUUAGCUGGCAGUUCUUAGCACAGAUACUAUUUUAAUUUAGAUCUACGUUCUGGUAAGUGAGUGGCAACAUAUCUUGGAUACCAGCUACUCACAACUUGGUUCUUUACCCCAAUGUAUCCCAGCUGCAAGAGCAUCCUUAAAGCUGAUGGCAGUGUGUAUGCUAGAGGGAAGUUGAUUGUACGACAGCCACUUCAUCUCUGGUGGCCACCUGACUUGGUGUCUUGUUUACCACUUCAUGUAGAGAUAAUAAAAUGAGAAGUUGCUGUGCUGAUUGAGGGAGAUAAUUAAUUCCCUGUGUCCAGUGAGCUCUGAAAUUCUGCAACCCAGAUCAAGAUACUCAGGCUUCAGUUGACUUAAAAAUCUUGUAGUUGAAGUGAUGGGUCUUUCUCUUUUUAUGUUUUUGAGAGAGAGUCUGUGUGACUUGUGAUAUGCUUUACAGAAGGGAAAGAGUUAUGGACUGAGACAGAAAUGGCUUGGGUAGAUGAACCCACAGGGCCAGUUUUGUGUUGUUUUUUCAGUGACAUGAAGAGAGUGGUUCUGUAAGAUGCUGGAGGGAGAUCUCAUAGAUUCCCAAAUAUUGAUAAGUUUCUGUGAAAUUCCUCAGCUGUGUGGGGAGGAACCACACACCUUCCACAGCCAGGCCAAGCUGGAGCAGAGUUUCAGCCAGCCAUUUGUAGCACAUCUUGGAUAUGUACUGUGAAAGAACUCAAAUACCAAUGAAAUUGCUAAGUCUGUGAUUCUUAAUACACAGAGAUAUGAGUUUAGAAACCUUCAUCUAGGAAGAGAAUGAGAACUUAUGCCUUGGGGACUGCAACACUGCUCAAGCAGAGGAAAGAAGAAAAUAGCUGAGUGGGUGGGAUUUUCCUUGAGAUGUGGGGGAGGAAAAGACAGUGAGAGUCUGGCUGCUUCUGCAGUGCAAUCAAAGAGCUCUGCACAGACUUACCUGUCGGUUUUCAUAUGCAUUAGAAAGCUUAGUGGACGUAUGCAAAGGCAGCCAGAUCUGUAUGAUUAUUGGGAUGGAGGGAAAUAAGAGACAUCUGAAGAGGAAGGUAGAUGAGGCAGGAGUAAGGAGGAAGUGGCAGCUGAGGCAGUGAUAUGGCAGGCAGGAGGAGCGCAUCACUUACAUCCCCAGAAGAGCUGACUCUCUUUACAGAGAGUUGCUGUGGGAGGCUAGCAAACAGCAGGCUAUAGGGAGCAACAUUGCAGGACAACCCUUUUCCACAAAGAGGAGGAAAUUGCUGUGCUCAGGUCCUCACCUUUCAGCAGUGAUUCUGUGAUGCAAGUUCCAGGAGUUUCUCUUUCUGUGAUAAUCUUCUCUAUGGCCUCUUCUUGCUGACAUUAGCCCCAGUGUUGGGCACAAAGAGGAAGGAUGCUGAAGAAUGGGUACCCCCCUUUUGGCUUUUAGAACAUGGGCACUUGUGUAAAGAUGCAGCUGUGAUCCUCGGCUGUGUGUCUCACCGAAGGGACCUGAUGUUUUACAUUAUUGGUGGGAUCACAGUAUCUGUGGUAGCUUUCUUCUUCACCAUUAAGUUCCUCUUUGAGCUUGCCGCACGUAUAGUCAGCUUCCUUCAGCAUGAGGACCGGGAACGCCGAGGGGAACGAACUAUUUAUGACUACGUGCGAGGCAACUACCUGGAUCCCCGGUCCUGCAAAAUCUCCUGGGAUUGGAAGGACCCCUAUGAGGUGGGCCAUAGCAUGGCCUUCCGAGUGCAUUUAUUCUAUAAAAAUGGGCAACCCUUCCCUGCUCACCGGCCUGUGGGGCUGCGAGUUCACAUCUGCCAUGUGGAGCUAGCAAUUGAUAUUCCUGUAACCCAGGAAGUUCUUCAGGAGCCUAAUUCCAAUGUGGUGAAAGUGGCCUUCACUGUGCGCAGGGCUGGGAGAUACGAGAUCACUGUAAAACUCGGUGGCUUGAAUGUGGCUUACAGCCCGUACUACAAGGUGUUCCAGCCAGGGAUGGUGGUUCCCUCCAAAACCAAAAUUGUCUGCCAUUUCUCCACUCUGGUGCUGACGUGUGGACAGCAGCACACUCUGCAGAUAGUUCCCAGAGAUGAGUAUGACAAUCCCACCAGCAAUUCUGUGUCCCUGAUAGAUGAGCACAAUUACAGCCUCUCCAUCCAUGAGCUGGGUCCUCAAGAAGAAGAGAGCUCUGACGUUGUGUUUGAGAAGUCUGUGGUGUCCAACCGGCAGACUUGCGAAGUGUUCUUCCGACUCACCUUGCACUGUAGGGGGUGUUUCCAUGCCUGCAUCUCCUACCAGAACCAGCCCAUAAGCAAUGGUGAUUUUGACAUCAUUGUUCUAAGUGAGAAUGAAAAGAACAUUGUGGAACGCAAUGUGUCCACCUCGGGUGUCAGUAUUUACUUUGAAGCCUACCUUUAUGAUGCUCCUAGUUAUACCAACACUCAGUGGCAACUUCCACCAACGCACCUGAGCUCCUCCCAGCGCCGUCCUUCUACUGCAACUGAGGAUGAAGAUGAAGAUUCUCCCUCUGACAGCCAAACACCUGAGAAAGUGAAGAAACCUAAAAAAGUGUACUGCUAUGUGUCACCUAAGCAAUUCUCAGUGAAAGAAUUUUACCUGAAGAUUAUUCCAUGGCGCCUUUUCACCUUUAGAGUAUGUCCUGGCACAAAGUUUUCAUACCUUGGUCCUGACCCUGUGCACAAAUUACUGACACUGGUGGUGGAUGAUGGGAUCCAACCCCCUGUGGAGCUCAGCUGCAAGGAGAGGAACAUCUUGGCAGCCACUUUCAUUCGCUCUCUACAUAAAAACAUAGGGGGCUCAGAGACCUUCCAGGACAAAGUGAACUUCUUUCAGCGAGAGCUACGUCAGGUGCAUAUGAAAAGACCUCAUUCGAAGGUCACACUGAAGGUCAGCCGUCACUGUCUGCUGGAGUCGUCUUUUAAAGCAACACGAAAUUUUUCUGUUUCUGACUGGAGCAAAAACUUUGAAGUGAUUUUUCAGGAUGAAGAAGCUCUGGACUGGGGAGGUCCACGCAGAGAGUGGUUUGAACUCAUCUGUAAGGCGUUAUUUGAUACCACCAAUCAACUCUUUACCCGCUUUAGUGAUAACAACCAGGCCUUGGUGCAUCCAAAUCCGGGGCGUCCCACAUAUUUACGACUCAAAGUAUACGAAUUUGCAGGCCGCCUAGUAGGAAAGUGUCUUUAUGAAUCAUCUCUGGGAGGUGCUUACAAACAACUGGUUCGAGCUCGCUUCACCAGAUCAUUCCUGGCUCAGAUCAUAGGACUUCGUAUGCAUUACAAGUAUUUUGAAACGGAUGACCCAGAAUUCUAUAAAUCCAAAGUUUGUUUCAUACUGAACAAUGAUGUGAGUGAGAUGGAUCUGGUCUUUGCUGAAGAGAAGUAUAGCAAAACAGGACAGCUGGAGAAGGUGGUGGAACUGGUGACAGGAGGGGCUCAAGUACAAGUGACCAAUGAAAACAAAAUCUUGUAUCUAAAUCUGCUUGCGCAAUACAGGCUGGCCAAUCAGGUUAGAGAGGAAGUGGAUCACUUCCUGAAAGGUCUUAAUGAGUUAGUUCCUGAGAACCUCCUGGCUAUUUUUGAUGAGAAUGAGCUUGAGUUGCUUAUGUGCGGUACCGGAGAUAUCAGUGUCUGUGACUUCAAGGCACAUGCUGUAGUGGUAGGAGGAUCUUGGCACUUCCGUGAGAAGGUCAUGAGGUGGUUUUGGACUGUGGUCUCUAGUUUCACGCAGGAAGAGCUGGCCAGGCUCUUGCAGUUCACAACUGGUUCCUCCCAGCUGCCCCCAGGAGGGUUUGCUGCACUCUGUCCAUCUUUCCAGAUCAUUGCAGCUCCAACUCACAGUACUUUGCCGACAGCCCACACUUGGCAAGUAUCCUGGGGUGGUAGGACUUUCUGCAUUGUGCUUUUGGGAAUGACACCAGCUAGUUGUGUUUUAACCAGCUGUGCCUCCCUACUUAUGACUCCUAUGAAGAAGUGCACAAGAUGCUGCAGCUAGCUAUCAGCGAGGGUUGUGAGGGCUUUGGCAUGCUGUGAUUUUCCCUUUCCAGGAGACAGCUUAGCCUCCUGGCUCUUCAUGGCAAGACCCAGGUUCAGUCCUCUGCUUGUUCUCCUUCCCUUCACAUGGGCAAUGGACACAGAGCAAAGACUCCAUGUAAAGGACCUUGUCAUCCAGAAGAUGUCACGUGGCCUUUCCGUAUCCCAAAUAUGUCAUCAAGAGUUCAUCUUUUCCCUUUCCCUCAUUCUCCCUUUUGGUUCAAUGUGAAACAGCAAAAGGACUGUGGUGCAUUCAUCAAGGAGAUACUGCACUUGAUUUCCCUGCACCCACAUCCUUCUGUGAGAAGAUGAAGUUCAUAAGCAAAAGUUAGUGAUGUGCAGAAGAUCUGAUGAGCUGCCUUUAUUGUAGCUCUCUGGGAGGAAGGGGGAAGACCAGCAUGGAGCUCUGCUGGAAAGCUGGCUCAUGGGAAGCCUUAGUAACUUUCCAUGUCUUGGCUCAACUCCCACAGUAAUGCUACCCUGAUAGCUCAUCUAACUAUGACUCAUGAAGAGUAUAGGGUUAUCCAUCCUUUCAGCACCUGACCCAGAAGGGUUUCUGAUUCUCCUCCUCCAUCUUGCUCUGGAUGCUGCUGUUGCCUGUGCCACAGAGAAAAAUAGGCAGUAUCCACUGGAGGGAGUAACCCAAAGGGGAGAACAAUCUCAUCGGAGCACAAGUGCUGGCCCUGACAGUGAUCCUGUACUACCUCCGCCAGGGUCCAGCAGCAGAAGCGUCCUUCUCCAGCAGUGGCUGGUAAUGAGCCUCUACAAAUGAACUGGAAGAGGAGUUUCUCCUCCAUUGAAUGUUUCUGACAGUUGAUGUUGCACAGGAAGCUGUCCCAUGCCCUUGCCUUCUUUUCCCUUCCUCAGGAGAGAGAGUAUGGGCAUGAGUGUGAUCCCUCAAUGCUGAGCACCAAUGCCUAUCCCACAUUCACGUUCAGGGUAUGUAUAUUAUGUAGUAACAGUGACAGGUCAGUAAGCAGCUACAGUGUGCACUGGGCUUGCAUUUGUUGUUGGGGUGAUGGUACUGGGCAGAGCGUGGUACCUCCACACUGGCAUCCCACAGGGUCUUGGCUUCUACCUCUAUCAUGCAGCAGCCUGAGGCUUCUUUUUCUCUACUGCAUUUCAGGCAGAGUUUCCAGAGGGGUGCUGGUGCCUGGAGAGCAGCUGGCUUUCUGUCCUCCCAAUCUUCCUACCUUCUUUCUUCAGCUCUGCUUUCCUCCUUUUCCAUUCAGUGCUACUGGCUUUCCAGCACAAAAUGUGAACAAGAACUUCACUCAAGUGAUCACUCAACAGCCUGCACUCACCGUUGUCUGGCUUGUGGGGAGAGGAGUGGGCAGACCAGCAUGAGAAGUAAGCUUAUGAUUGUGGUGUGUUGUUGCUGGCAGUCCAUUCAGCCCUUCCCAGGGAAAUAAAGGGAAGGGAAAUCUGGGAAUCUUCACAAGUUCUCAGUGAAGCAAAAUUCAAGAUCUUUAAGUUCUCAACAGUCCCUUAAACAGUUCAGGUCAGGAGUCAAAGGCAUGCAGGAGUCAAAGUGUGAGAAACCUGCAUUGCUACUACUUGCAGUGUAAGCUUUCACUGGAUUAUGGAAUUGCUGGGUUUCUUCCAGAAUGGAGUCUCAGACUGGCAACCCUGAGCUAAUUUUAGAACACCGUAUUAGGUAAAAAGUCGCAUCAUCCUCUUCAGUCCCUUUCUGCUGUCCUCAAGCUGAUUGGGGCAGAUUUCUGCACAGUAUGGAUAUUUUAAGAUAACUGUGUGUGCUUUUCCAGUAUACCUUAGUUGAAUUGGCUGGGAAUUUGGGGGAAACAUUCUACAUCUAGAAAAUGUUUUUAAGGCAGCAUCUUAACCAUUCUUGGACUGAGUGUGUUACUUCUGUACAGAAAAAAAUAAGCCAUUUUGGUGCCAAAAAGCAGCCAGCUGAACUUUGAGACUACUCAGGGGGAUUUCUUUGCCUUGUGAAUUCACUCUCUCACUGGCACCAAGGUGCUGGGAGGCUGCCAGCUUGAGAGUUGCCACUGUUGUGCUCUGACAGAUCACUUUAGUAGUGGCUGUUCUCCCUUUUUUAGUGCAGGCUCCAUUCUGCAAGGUCCUGACCUCCUUUGGGUGGAGAGUAUGGUACCAUUUUAUUUACACUGCAGGUGGCUUCCAUGGUCAGUAGAGUUACAGCUCCUGUGUUCUCCAUGCCACCACUUCACUGCUGUCUCCAGGGACCAAGAGGAGGUGGGUGACUGUGCUCGGCUUAACUCCUGUUUGUUGGGAGGCGUAGCUUAUUGCUGUUCCCACGUUGCAGCCUUGUCUUGCAGUCUCACCUGGUGAGGAUGUUUCCAGCCUUGUAGCUAUGGGCCAGCUCUGCCAGUGACAUCUUCCUCAGGAAUCUUCUCCCUUCUCUUGAGCUGGACUUUUUUAUUCUGAGGACAAAGUAGCUGGACAUUGGGCAGUCUUCCUCUGCUGGAAGGAGCUCCUAAGUUCUUUUUACUGCAUUGCAGCCCACACCCCACACUUCCCAGCAGCUGUGCAGAUGCCAAGGACUUUCUUCUUAACAUACGUGCAGUCAGAACUGUGAUGGGUGCUCUUAGUCAACUAAACCCAUCCCCAUUGUUUCCACAGGCCCCUAGCUGGUCCCAUGUUCCUGAGAUGCAUCACAAUGUUUCUAAACUUGUCUCUAGCUUUAUACUCUCCCAGUACAGUCACUUUUUAUGCUGCCCUUAACACUGGCAAUGGGGAUGUGCUUUGGUCACCUAUACUGUAUGUUACUUCUGGCAGAGGCUCGUUACUUUUCUUUUUACCGUUUAUUUAUUCCCACUUAAUAGAGGCCCUUCUGUAGAAAUCUGUAGGAUCCUGGUAUCAUCUCAGACAGGUUCUGUGUUUCCUGAAGCUGCUUUGAGGUGCAUAGGGCCUGGCUUCAGCCUGCACCUGCAGGACAUGUUGCAUGUUUUUAGAAACCAGGAGCUGUGGAUGAUACAGGUCAAAUCCUAGUUCCCUCUGGUGAAUUUCUGGCAGAGUUCAGCCAAAAUUUGGAAGCCUGUGGUUGUAGUAGCUGAUUUUGUAAAUAGUUUGUAUAAUAAAUAAAAUAUUUUAAAAAUG